AGGGGGGGGACGGCAACAGUUUCCAGCUGCAGGCAUCGCCGGCCUGGGCUCGCGCCGCUGAGACAGUGGAUUUACUGUUUUCUGUAACAUUGAGUCGAGGCCGCGUGCACUGCAGCAUUUGGCGUUUUGCUUCUGCAGUGAGGGGAUACUGAGGGUUCUAAGGGGCAUCCGCGCCUCAGCACUGCGUUUUUUUCGGAGGGCUAAAGAUUGCGGAUAGCUCGCCAUGGCCGUGUAGCUUCAGUGGAGGCGGGGAAAGCCACUCACCCCCCCUCUCAAUCCCUCCCCCCUUUUUUGCGUUUUUAUACAUUUAAGCAUGUGUUUUAGCAUCAGGAUGCGCUCGAGGAGGCUCGCAGCCCGGCAUCGUUACGCUGUUUCCGGUUCCUAGCUGCUUGUUUGGUGCCCCCAUUGCAAAAAUUAUUGGAGGAGAUACAAAAGACAGAGAGAGAGAGAGAAAGAAAAGAAGGAAAGAAAAACCCUAACAAACCCCCACCCCCUAAAAAAAAGCAGCGGAUCCCGAUGGCACGGCCACUUACGCAGGGUCCGCCGCGCCGCCGCCGUCGCCGUGCCACCGCUCGAGCCCCGUCGCGCUCCCUCGUCCGUUCAGCCCCGCUCCCGAGAGCCGUGCCGCAGCGCGCGCCGCAGCGAGCCGCGAGCCCAAGCCGGCGGCAGCAUGAGGCUUGAUUCGGUGCACUUCUCCAUGCUGGUCGUCGGGGUUUCGCUGGCGUGCUACUCCCCGAGCCUGAACUCGCUGCAGGACCAGGCCCACCGCUCGGCCGUCGUCAUCGAGGGCAAGGUGCAGUCAGCGCCCGCCAACGCGUCCGUCGAGCCCUACAGCGUACACGUGAAGGUGCUGGACGUGUGGCCGCGCAACAGCGGCGGCCUCGAGCGCGAGCAGCUCGUCACCGUCGGCGACUUCGGCUCGGCGGCGCCGUGCGCCACAGUGCUCAAGAACCACAAGUACAUCUUCUUCAUGGAGCCCACCGACGAGCCGCUGGUCUUCAAGGCGUCCUUCGCUCCGCUCGACACCAGCGCCAAGAACCUCAAGAAAGACGUCGGGAGGAUCUUGUGUGAAGACUGCGGUGCUCCUACGCUCAAGCCCAUGAGGAACCCAGUGAUGGUCGAGGAGGGAAGCAGGCUAACAAUGAAGUGCGAAGCCUCGGGUACCCCUCCCCUUUCCUAUAAGUGGUACAAAGAUGGCACUGUUCUGAAAAAGAGCAAAGAAAUCAAGAUCAAAGGAAGCAAGAAAAACUCGAAGAUCCAGAUUGCCAGCGCCAGGCUGGAGGACUCUGGGAAUUACAUGUGUGUGGUGGAGAACGAAGGGGGAAGCAGCAACAGCACAAGCACCGUUCAUGUCCAAAGCAUAACCACAACGUUACCUCCAGGCUCCGGCCAUGCCAGAAGAUGCAACGACACAGAAAAGGGGUACUGCGUGAAUGAUGGCGAGUGCUACUUCAUACAUGGUAUAAAUCAGCUGUCCUGCAAGUGUCCAAAUGACUUUACUGGCCGAUCGCUGGUCAAACCUACGUUAUGGCCCAGUUUCUACCAGUCUCUUGGGAUUGAAUUUAUGGAGGCAGAGGAGCUGUAUCAGAAGAGAGUCCUGACAAUCACAGGCAUCUGCGUGGCUUUGUUGGUGGUGGGCAUCGUGUGUGUGGUGGCCUACUGCAAAACCAACCUCCCCCCCAGGAAACAGAGGAAGAAGAUGCACAAUCAUCUACGGCAGAACAUGUGCGUUGAUCACCCCAACCGCAACCUAGCCAACGGCCCCAACCAUCCGGGCCCCGGCCCUGAGGAAAUACCCAUGGUAGAUUAUAUCUCAAAGAACGUUCCAGCCACAGAGAGAGUGAUCAGACAUGGAGCGGAGGCGUCAUUCUCCGGCAGCCGCCAGUCUUCCAGAUCCCACAACUCCUCCACACGAGCCCACUCCUCCACACACAGACAUGAGGAGAGAACAUGGAGUCUGGAGCGAACGGACAGUGUGUUGUCAGACUGUCCCUCGGGCAUGCUGUCAUCCUCCGUGGGGACCAGUAAGUGCAGCAGUCCCGCGUGUAUGGAGGCGCGAGCACGGCGAGCCGCUCACUGUGGCUUCCCUGAGCCCCACCGGCCGCCCCUGCAGUACGGAGACUCCUUCGACUCGCUCGGUGACUCUCCACAUAGCGACAGGUACGUGUCGGCUCUGACCACACCGGCCCGUCUGUCUCCAGUGGACUUCCACUACUCACUGCCCCAGCAGGUGCCUACCUUCCAGAUCACAUCUCCCAACGCCAGCCACGCCGCAUCUCUGCCUCCGGCUGCCCGCGCCCCCUACCCCCCACCACAGGAGGAGGAGGACCAUCCACUGCUGCUGCGGCGCUACCAGGUUCCCCUGCACGAGGCGCAGCGAUACCAGCCCUACCGUCAGCAGCAUCAGCAACGGCAGAGCUACCUGCGGGACAGCCCAGGCAGCCUACCGUCCAGCCCACAGCUGCCGGCCCAGGACGAGGAGUACGAGAGCACGCAGGAGUAUCCGGCCUCAGCCUCCUCACUGGAGCAACCAAAGAGAAGCGGCCGGCGCAGCUGGCGCAGGUCCAGACUGAACGGGCACGUGGCGCCAAGGGGCUACCGGCCGCCCCGGGACUACGGCUCGCGCAGUUGUCUGUCGGACAGCGGCUCCGAGGAAGAGGAGGAGGAGGAGGGCGAGAGCACGCCCUUCCUCAGCAUGCAGAACAUGAGUAUCCCCGAGCCCUCUACCAUCUACAGGCCCGCGCCCCCCGUGGCCUCAGACACGCGGACUCCUCACAGUGCCGCCGGACGCCACGCGGCCCGCUCCAGCACACAGGGCAGCAGCAGCAGCAGACAGACGCACGCGCGCUCCAAACCGGACAGAGCUGCCCACUAAAAGAGAGACAGCCCACCCUACCCUCCCACCCCCACGAAAAUGUGUAUAACUAUAGACCUGCACCUAUAAGAAAUAUUUUUAUUUUAUAUAACUAACAGAUAUUCUAAACAAAUGAAAUAUUUAUUUUCAUUUUAGCAAAAAAGUUGUCUACUAGUUAUCAGCAAAGACUUUUUUAUAGGGAAAACUCUAUUUAUAUGUACAUUUUGAUUUACAGCAUAAAAGAAAAAAAAGACGUGCCAAUUUUUUCACAACUUAAAGAAAUAGAGUAAUAUUGUGGUGCCUUUUGCUGUAUGCCGAUGCCAGAGGGCCAGUGGAGUUUUUUGUAGCCUUUCUUAUACGGACGCCUCAUUUUUUAUACACGUUUACUGUUCUGUUAUCUCUUUUUUGGCCUUUUUUUCCUUUCUGUUUUCCAGGUUGUGUUGUUUUGGGAGCUGACCCACCAUUUGAGCUGUGACAUUGCCCCCUCCCCAACCAAUCACACACACGUCAUGCAAUAUAAACCACUCUUAACUAAGGUGUAUGUUUACAAGAAUAUAAUUCACACAAAUGUUCAAUGAUUAUGUUGCUUUUCUAACAGGAGCUCUAAGACAAAUGCAACUGGGGAGGGGGCUUUUUUUCCCUAUGAAAAGGGAGAGAAGUGUGUGUGAUUUGUGUCCGGAUGUCAGACCAAAUGUGUGUAGAUCUGCCACGCACCACUGCAAGGUAUGUGUUCAGAGAGAUGGAGAGGCCUAGGAGGGAGUGUGGCUUUUGAGAGUAAUGCUGCUGUUGUCUAGCUAUCAAAUGUUUCACAGUACUAUUGGAGCACUAUUGGAGCUGUGUUAGUUUUAGCAGGGGAGGUUGUAAAUUGUUUUAAGGGAUUCAAUUGGCCAAUUCAUGCAGUAUAAAGUUGUUUUGUAGAUCCCCCCUAUUACCAAAGACUGAAUGUCAUAGCCCAGAUGUACGCAACUAGCAUUAGGCAACUGGUGCAGCACACAAGCUGUGACCGAAAUGGACCCCUUUUCCUUCAUUAUGCUCUGUAGGGAGAGACGAUUUAGUUGACUAAUUAACCGCAAAAACUCAUGGAUCAGUAAAUGAAUUCAGACACUUCAUCAACCUGUAUCAGCAUUCACCAGUCGCAUAAACAAGCCAACAUCAAUUGCUUGUAUGAGCAGAACUUUCUCCUGAAAUGAUCCCUUUUAAAGAAAUGCCAUGUCUUACUCUUGAGAAAUUGCUGUAGACAUCAUUUCAGGCUAUUUUGACCCAUCAGUGUAAUUCUACUAGACACAAAUCGUAAGUUAAACAUUAAUGUUCUGUGCUGUUCACAAUAGAUUGAGAGUGUAUUGUGGGUAAACUGUAGUGCCCUCUAUAUCAUUCUGUUUUACAAUUGAGACACUUAGAUAAGAGUGCUCUAAAACACUAUAGGGGUCCAUUUCAGUCACACUCUCACUAACAAUAACAACACAGAUCAUGGCCAUGUCUGUUAGUUUAUUAUAUUACAUUGAGGUCAAUCAAACAGGACUACAAAUAAUGAGGGAGCUCCAGGUUUACCUAGAGACCUUAUAGUUAAGUCUGUCCCUCAAUGGCUAUCUUGGCAAUUUCCCUCUACACUUGAUUUCAAUCACACAAAGUUCCUGUAUACUUGAAGGGGGAGAGACCUGUAAACCCAAAAAAACUGCAUAAAUAAUUGAAAUGGAGGGUUGUACUUAUUAUAAUACAUGAAGUAAUACAAUAAUAAUUUCUUCAUAAGCUGUAAGUUACCAACCAAUCUCCUCCUCUUCUGAUGUAAUGUCUUUGGUCCAGUAAAAUACAGAAGGUAAUUCACUCCACAAUGAUUACUUCUCAGAUAAACGACUACAAACAUUGGAGAUUUUUGCUGGAUUAAAAGAUCUCAUUGAUAAUCACUUAAGUUAUAGUACCUCCCCAGGUAAAACAAAUCCGACUCGAAUGGGACUUAAGAUGACCUAGGUUUGUCACCUUGUGUCAGGUUCAUUAGACCCUGAAAGGCAGAAACAGCUUCAAAAUUGGCUGACUGUGCAGAGAGAUGCCUGGUAGGUGUUGAGGUUUUGGUAAGUGCUUACAGCUGCCUUGAUUUCCUUUGCGUUACCUACAGCGUAAGGUUUGUCACUGAAGAGCCUUGUCAAUCCAAAGGGGGAUAUGCAGGGGGAGGGAGGUCUGCAGGCCUGACCUCAGCUGUCAGUACUAAUGGAUUGCAGCAGAUAAGACAGAAAUAAAAGCGUUCCAUCCAUUCAAUCCAGCUUAGCCUUCCAUUCCCAACCAUUCAUACUGUUAGUGUGGUGGACAGAGAGCAAGAGAGAGAGAACAAGUGUGAGAGAGGGACAGCCACACAGCGUCUCAGGACUCCUCCCCAAAACCCCAGCCCCAUCCCAACCUUCUUCCAUCAGGGGUCUAAAGAAAGAGAAGAAGACCCUCAGAGGUUGAUAGAUGUCACAGCCUCCCUCUCAUCUCAGGAUGGAGCAGGAUCACCUAAUUCACACUCACCCUCACGCAAACACAAGACAAAUAGCUGUGAAACUUCCGAGGGGUCAUGAAAAUGCCAAAAUAUGCAAACUUUCUAUUUUGCUCCUGUUCAAUGACAUUUUUUUUAUUUUCUGAAAGAACAAUAGUGCAUUGUGUGGAAAACUGUGAUGCCUGUCAUGUGUCUGAGUUUAGUUCCCCUUAUAUCAGUGAGACCGCCAAACAGUGCAAACUAGCUUUAGGGUAAAUGUACUAUUAUUAUUAUUAUUAUUAUGAUUAUUAUUAUUAUUGUAGGAAAUCAUAUAAAUAUUUUUUUCAUAUGCAAAAAUUAUACCAAGCCAUGGCUCCGCCUCCAUUUUUGAAGCAGUCACUGUUACACGUUCACUGAUGGCCGUCACUCUUAGUCCAAACCAAUCAAACUGCACACAGCUAAUUCUGCAUAAGUGAGAGGUCUUCUCUGCCAUUCACGACCUGUCACUGUCAGUAGUGUUGCUUGUAGUACACAAAUUCAUAAGCAUUUGUUUUUCAAUUGGUCACCAUGGGCUAAAAACAAGCCACCGUCAACACAUUGCCUCCUCAUUUUGGAAGGUAAAUAUGACUUGUGAGCAGGUCAAAAGUUGAAGGAACACAUCACUGGCAUAGAUAAGCUAACACCAGACCCAAUAAAUGGAGGAAAAUGAAGAUGAUCUCUAAAAAAGGGCGGCAUGUACUUCCACAAGUUGUGAUUAAUCUAGUUGAAAAGAAAAAAAAAGAUAAGCAAUUUACUAGCUAGGUCCUAAAACUAUUCUAUUGCAGUAUUGUGAUGGCACGAAGGAAUAGAGAUUUUCUAAAACCAAGACUUUUUGUUUUGUUGUUUUUUUGUUUGUUUGUUUGUUUUCCUUGCACUUUGAAGGCCAGAAUCUAUUUGUUCCCUGCCCUGGCGUUUUGGAUCUUAUUUGUAUGUUUGAGAAAUGCAAAACCAGACAGUGCUUCUCUAGUUAGUUUAAAUGUGAUAUCCCUUUCCCCUUUCCAAACCCCCCUAGACUCUGACCGUUUCUGUUUCUACUGUUCUUCCUUUUGAGUUUUCUCCUCGCUUGAGAAGUUUGAACACCUCUCCUCUGCAUGUCCUUGUGGUCAAGGUUAAAUGGGUGCAUGGUAAACAGCAGCAGAUGAUCCCCCCAGCCCCCAUCCCCCCACCCCCGAGUUGGUGAAAGUGUAUUUCAUUUACUAUUCAGCAAUAAAAAAAGAAUCUUUUCCCCCAUGUCCAUUCUUGGAAUAUGCUAGAAAAAAAGAAAUACAUGCCAGAUUGUCAUAGAUUGUAAAAUAAAAAUUGAAAACAACAAACCCACGUCUUCACAUGGAAAAAUAAAUCCUUCUUCGUAUCAUUUAAACUUUA